UCAUAUCAGCUGAUGCUUAGUAAUUUUUCAUUGCUUUAUCAAUGAGAAUAUUUUAUUUUUAAAUUGACCAAUUAGCGAUACAUAUGUGCAACAUACGAUGUGUGCAAUCGGAGCUUAAAACAUACAUACUGGAAAGACCAUAGGUGACUGUCGAUGACGUCAACAUCUAUCUGUCCUUGUGUGAAUGUUUCACCAUGAUGUGCAUACGUCGAUUAUGAAUAUCUAUAUGUGCAUACGUACAAAUUUCAAAGCUCGCGUAACGAAAGCAUACAAGAUUAUUAAAAAAUAGGAUUGCGUUAUACAUCUCAAAAUAUCAACGAAGCAAAAUAAAAUAUCUCUUCAUGCUUCGAAUUACGCGGUAUCAUCAUGCGCAAGCGCACAGCAUUCAGACAAGGAUAGAUGUUGGAGAUACUUAUUACAUUGGUUACAUACGAAUUUUAGAUAUAAAAGCGCGUUCUGAACACGGGCCUAGAGCUUUAGUGGAAAGCGCCUGCGCCUGCAUUCGUCCGCCCUUGUCUUCGCUCUCGCCCUGGCCCAUAAUUCGCGAAGCCGAAGUAGUCCAGGUCAUUAAAUAUUAUCAGUAAUCAGUAUUGCCUAGUGUUGUCGCUUGUCAGACGUGUUUGCCGUCCUUAGUUUGAUGGCUUUCUUCAGAGCGACUGACCGUUAAGCAACAAAACUAGCUUGUUCCGAAAUAGAAGACAAAUUGACGUAUGAUCACGUACGGUACGCGGUGAACGAUCAGAGAGAACUCCACUUGCUAUGUCGAACAUAAAUUGUUACGAGUCUAUCAAUAUGCGAUGGAAGACGCAGCUUGCUCGGCAGCUGUUACGCCGCCGUUAAUCAUAUUUACCACAUCAUCCAUAAAAAAUCCGUCAUUGGAGGCUCUGAUCUGUCAAGAUAAACAAGGAUCGACAAAUAUUCUACUGUCAUAGUCGAAAUUUUACACUACCUAACGUCAUGGAUGGUACCUGCCUUCAUCAAGUCAUCACAGCACCCAUAAAAAAUUUCCUGCAAUUGCAACGAAUCAAAGAGAUAAAGUGGAUGAAUCCGAGAGCAUGCAUAAAUGAGGCAUAUACUCCUACAUCCAUCGAACAUAUGGCAAAUGUGGCAACUCACGGAAUAUGGGUUGUACCUUCGGUAAUUGGCGGUAUCGAGCUUAUACGCCGUUCGUCAACAUGGGCUCAGUUUGUUUCAGCUUGCGUAUACGGCACUUCCUUGAUCCUUAUCUUUGCAGUAUCGACUUUCUUCCACAGUGUGCACUAUUGCAAUCAUAACAGACAACUAAAAGAUGCGUUGCAUCGUUGCGAUCGUGCUAUGAUUUACAUCUUCAUAGCAGCCAGUUACUUUCCAUGGUUAAAUAUAGAACACUUCUCAGACGAUGAGCUUUUGUUCGCGAUGCGUUAUGUCGUUUGGAUCAUGGCUGUAAUGGGUAUCCUCUAUCAGCAGAUCUUUCACGAGAGAUACAAGAUGCUCGAAACUAUUUUCUACAUGGUUAUGGGUAUUGGACCUAGCGUCGCAAUCCUUAAUGUUUAUAAUUAUUACAAUAUUACGGAAUUGAAACUGGGUGGGCUGAUGUAUGUUCUUGGCUUAGUAUUUUUCAAAUCGGAUGGUCGUAUACCUUGCGCGCACGCAAUUUGGCAUCUUUUCGUAGCUGCGGCAGCUGGAUUUCAUUAUUACGCGAUUCUGAACCAUGUAUUUCCUGAAACAGACUCGACGAAUAUUCUUGGACCUGCCGGCAGCAUGCCACAAUUAUCUAAUAUACUAAAGCCUCAUAUAGAAUUACUUUUUGAUAAGAACAAAUUUAUUUUUUAAUCGUGAUUUGCGUAUGUGCUGGUCUACUAACUAGACGUCUUCUCGUAAUUAUUUCAAAUAUCUCUCUCAGUAAAUAGAAAUCGUGUAUAUAUAAUGUAUAAACGCAAUAAGCGCUAUGAAAAAGCGUAGUGAAUUAAAUGGUAUGUAUUAAAACGAAUGAAAAAGGAAGAUUUUUAAGUACCUGACGGCCAUAUAAGACUUCAUUCAUAUAUUAUGAAUGUGUUACAUAUUAAAAAUAAGACAAAAAAUAUGAUAUUACAUUAACAGAUAUUAAUAUAACGCAGUUGUAUUGCUAAUUACAUGACGAGUUCGAAUAUACAUCUAUAGCGAAUAUUGUAUUAUUCAUA